AUGAUGCUAGGUGGUUGAUAGACCUGUAGUUCAACUUGAUUCCUAGAUAGAAGCUGGAGUCAUCUGAUACCAGAGCCUCGAACUCUUGGGUGCUGUGAAUCCUGGAAAUAUAAUACAUGAAGACAGCAUUUUUCUAUUAUGCAUGAAGGUAGAUGAUUCUUCAAAUUAAAGGCGGAAGCUGACUUUGCUCAUCAGAAAUGGUUUACAGAAUUAACUUGCAAAAAUAGGAUGUGUAAAACCUGGAAAGAUGUCUACUUCAAAACGGAUAAAAAAAUGAAACGGCAGAAUCUACCUCAACGUGGAAGGGAUAGCUGUCCAAUUAUAGGUAUCACACGAUUUAUGCGAAUUCUUCCUGAAACUACUUAGAAAGCCUGCACUGCCCAGCCGGUGGGUACUCCCCAAAUUUUCCCAGGACAAACACCUGCGUGUACUCAGAGGCCGGGGCUCAAGCCGGCCCUGCUGACUUCUCAACUGCCCCCCUCUGCUCUUACUCAGGACACUUUGACCUCAAAUAUUACACCCACGAUAGCUAGGAUGUUACUCUCGUGCCAGUCGAGCGCUGAAAAGGGCACACAAUGACACUAUCUGCAGGGCUCCCAAGUGGGAAACCUAGGCCAGUCUCAGAUAGUUUCGCGCCCUCAGCGUCUCAGACUCACGUACCCGGUGGACGCGCGGCCGGAGUCCGGGUACCACUACCCGGCGAGUCCCAGGAUCCUGAGCGGCCGGAACCCCCCGCCCCGACCCGGCAGGCCCCGGGAGGACUCUGCGCAUGCGCUCUCCGACGCAGUGGCGGCGUGCGUAGCGAAUCCUCGCUCCUCACGGAGCUGUAGAGGCAGCGGCGUUUUCCCGCGCUUUUUCUCGGCGCCUCAGGAUUCUCUUCAGCAUCUGGAGAGCCCACCGUCUGUUAUGUCUUUGUGUGAAGACAUGCUGCUUUGUAAUUAUCGCAAGUGUCGCAUCAAACUCUCUGGUUAUGCAUGGGUCACUGCCUGCUCUCACAUCUUCUGUGAUCAGCAUGGCAGUGGUGAGUUUAGUCGUUCACCAGCUAUCUGCCCUGCCUGCAAUAGUACCCUUUCUGGAAAGCUAGAUAUUGUCCGCACAGAACUCAGUCCAUCAGAGGAAUAUAAAGCCAUGGUAUUGGCGGGACUUCGACCAGAGAUUGUGUUGGACAUUAGCUCCCGAGCACUGGCCUUCUGGACAUAUCAGGUACAUCAGGAGCGUCUCUAUCAAGAAUACAAUUUCAGCAAGGCUGAGGGCCAUCUGAAACAGAUGGAGAAGAUAUAUACUCAGCAAAUACAGAGCAAGGAUGUAGAAUUGACCUCUAUGAAAGGGGAGGUCACCUCCAUGAAGAAAGUGCUAGAAGAAUACAAGAAAAAGUUCAGUGACAUCUCUGAGAAGCUUAUGGAGCGAAAUCGCCAGUAUCAAAAGCUUCAAGGUCUCUAUGAUAGCCUUAGGCUACGAAACAUCACCAUUGCUAACCAAGAUGGUACCCUCGAACCAUCCAUGAUCACGCAAUCUGGUGUUUUUGGCUUCCCAUUAGGGAACAACUCCAAGUUUCCUUUGGACAGUACACCAGUUCGAAAUCGGGGUGGUGGAGAUGGAGAUUUUCAGUUCAGACCAUUUUUUGUGGGUUCUCCCACAGCACCUGAACCCAGCAACAGCUUUUUUAGUUUUGCCUCCCCAAGUCGUGAAUUAGAGCAGCAGCAAGUCUCUAGCAGGGCCUUUAAAGUAAAAAGAAUUUAGCUCACUUUACAGAAUGUUUCUCUGUUCACUUUCACUGAUUUCAUUUAGCAAAUAAUCUUUGUUCUAGUUAAGAGUCACCAACCUCCUUGUGGUAUUAAAAGUUGUCUUCACAUUUUCAACUUAUAAGAAACUCAGUGGCAGUGGGGGAAUGGCUUUAGAGUUUGGUUUCUUUUUCUGUUUCCAUUCCAAAAGGGAUGAGCAUUUUAUUAAACUCACUUUGACUGUGAACUGUUGAGUUUUCAACCAUAGUGAAAAGGUUACAAUAUUAUUGGGAGUUUUGUAGAUCACCAUUUGUUUCUGUCUGGGAUGUUUCUGACUGAGCUAUGUACUUAUGCAUAUGUAUAUAAGUACCCAUGUUAUAUGUCUACAUGUCAUUUUGGGUUCUGGUAUUUAUGCAUAUACGUAUAUGUGCUCCUUUACAUUGGUAUUUUGCUGUAUUUGCCAGUAGAUUUAUGUGAACAUUUUGGUCUCAGGAAAUGGCAGGUGAGUCUGUAGCUUGUUAUUUGGGUGUGUACAUUUAUUUGCAUAUGUUUAUGUAUUUGCCCUUGUAUUAACUUGUUUAGAGGUGUGCUUAUGUCAGUGAAUGAGAGUACAAUUUGAUGCAUAUAUGUUCAGUUCCUAUUUCUGUUUAAAAAUAAUUUACAUUGAUAAAGUCAUUUUGUAAAGUUGAUUUUUUGGCAUUUAUUUUAAAAUAAAAUUACUUCUUUCUCUA